AUGAUUAUUCAUCGAUAUCAUCGUUCAUUGUUUAAAUUUCUUAUGUUUUUUGGUUUACCAUAUAGUGCUACAAUGACAACAAAAUCAAAUCAUAAUAAUUAUCAAUUAUUGGAAAAAGUAGUUGGUUAUGAAAAUCGUAAAAAUGAUAUUCUACUUUUUUCGAAUUCAAUUCAAUCGUCAUCAAAUACUAUUGUUUAUUAUUUUGGUGGAGACAUACAAGAUUUACCAGAACGUAUGAAUUCAUCGAAAGAAAAUCGUAAAUAUCAACGUUGGAAUUUAGUGUCAACUGGUGAGAUUCUUUGUCGUCGAUUCUUAGAUUCUUCAAUUGCUAUUAUACGACCUAAUGAAAUGAUAGAUGGAACUUUUUCAAGAUUUUCGAAUUUUGUACCUAAAACAACUGAUUAUGGUGAUCCGAUUUCAUAUGACACAAACAAUCUAAUUGGUCUUCAUCAUUUACGUGCACUUGAUGAACAAAUUAUGAAACAAACCACAUCGUUGUCGGAUAUAAUUAUUGUUGGUUUUAGCAAAGGUUGUGUCGUACUCAAUCAACUUCUUCAUGAAUUAGCUGCUUUACGCUCAAUGAAAGCGGAUGUUGACCUUUCCAAGUUUGUAUUACGUAUUCGUACAUUUAUUUGGCUUGAUGGAGGACAUAAUAAUGGAAAUCGAAUAAUGAUUUGGCCAACAGAUGAAAAUCUUGUUUCAACUCUUGUAUAUUAUAAAAUAAAAACUGAAAUAUACGUUACACCAUUUCAAAUAAAUUCACAAAAUCCAUACAAACAAUAUCAUACUCAACAAUAUAAAAAAUUUUCGGAAUUAUUACUUGUUCAAUCAACAAAUUCAACUGAAAAUGAUCAUAAGAUAAUAAAUAAAAUGUUUUUUGCUGAUGAACCACCUUCAAUAGAUAAACAUUUUGAAUUGUUAACUGUAUUUUAA